AUGCUGUUGAAAUGCAUCAGAGAAUCAUUAGAGGGUGCAUCACGGCGUCGGGCCAUAUCCUUGGACUUGCAAAUGUCUGAAAUCAAUUCAAAUCAUCAACAAUUUUCGCCUCGCCUGGCUGAAGUAUUCUUUACCUGCAGGUAUUACACAGCUCCUUCAAUACACCCAGCGUACUACAACCAAAACCAGGAUAACUCCAUAGGUCAUCAGUUAAAAGUAGUGAUGGGGUGCUUACUGUUAGGGAGGAGCUGUAUAAAUUCACCUUUAUAUAAUUUACCUCAAAAAACUCAUCUGCGUUUGCUGUCGUAUUACAUGGAUCGCUGCACUGAGCAAAUAGACCAGUUAAUGCAGCUGGACAGCCCGCCUUUGACUCUUUCAUUAUCGUUGUUGACUCUAGCAGUUACACAUGUCAAUCUUAUGGAUGCUCGAAAAGGUUGGUUACUCAUGGCGACUGCACGAGCAUACUUACACAAUCAUAUGGAUGACUAUUUUGAUGCCAUCAUGGACAAAACCGGCCCUACAAAUCCGGAGUUGGAAACCUACAAGCUUAUGCUUCUUUUGUGCGGAAAGGCAGAUGUAAACAUAUCAUAUCUGGUGCAAAAUGGUCCUGCACAAAGCAUCUUUAGCUUUGACGAGAUGCUACUAGUGCCAAAACCCGUUAUAGGCGAUAACCCAUUGCAUCACGCAAUAGUUAAGCAAUCAUUUUUAUUUGAUCUUAUGGCUCGUCGGUCUAAUUCUAGGAUCGACUCUAGCAUACAAUGCUCGAACUCCAUUCGAACAGCCAAGUGGAAAGCUAUCACGCAGACAAAUAGUGAUUUUACAGCAUGGUACAUUGGGCUACCAUCAGAGCUUAAGAUAGGAGACAAACCAUUUGAUAUUGUCAACAUGGAAAUUCCUGAAGACUUGGAUACAAGCAUUGCUUGUCUGCAACUAACAUAUUACAGCGAAUGGGUCUGGGUCUAUGGAAAUGUUUAUAACCCUGAUACAAGCUCCAAUCCUUCUAAAGAUGAAGCAACUUUUUUGGAAUCAACUCAUAUGAUUUUCCUUGCGUCGCUGUCCAUGGUCAAAGUAUCAGAGUUUCUCCAUAAAGUGGAAAUGUGCAAGAUUGAAUAUCACCGGUUGCUGUUUGCUUGUGAACCGUUACUGUACCUGGCCAAAUCAACCGAUUCUCAUAUUGCCUACGAAUCAGAAAAAGCUUUAAAAAAAGCUGUUAGUAUCCUUAAGUCUUUACUUCAGCAUAACUUAUUUUCUCCUAUUUGUAAAGUUCAUCAGGAAAACGGAAAUUCUAUCGCCUUUGGCCAGAGACUAAUUGGCAGGUUGAACGCCUUGUUUUCAGAGUAUAAUAUGCAGUUUUAGUAUAAC